AUGGCUUACAGUUCUGGGGAAGGCAAAUCGAAACGUGACCAAUCAUUAGAAGAGCUGAGACAGCACAUCCAUGGGAGUUAUGUGCCACUCGGCAGACAAUUCAUGGUGCUGUUUCCGGAAGGUGGUUUCUUGCACAAGAGGAGAGAAAUAAGUCAGAGGUAUGCAGAGAAAAAUAAUUUGCCCAAAUUGGAAUAUGUUUCAUUGCCUCGAGCAGGCGCUUUAAAGGUGAUCAUGGAUGAAAUAGGACCACAUAAAGAUGAAGAAGCCACUACGUCUAAGGAUGAAUCUAGAAAAGACAAUAACUUCAACCAAAGUAAUUCUACAAAGAUUCUAAAUAACAAAAUGGGUGACCGGGUGGAGUGGGUUCUAGAUCUCACCAUCGCGUAUGAAGAUCGUAUUCCUCUGCAUUUACAAGACGUUGUUUGCGGCAUAAGACCUCCUUGUACAACCCACCUACACUAUAGACUUUAUCCUAGUACUGAGAUACCUGCAGAUACUGAAGGUAUGACGCAAUGGCUCUACGAUAGAUUUAUAGAAAAGGAAAAAAUGCUCGAAGAAUUCUAUCGCACAGGAAAGUUUCCUUCAAACGGUACCACUCCGGACGUGGUCAGAAGAGUCAGACAGGACAAUCUUCGGUAUCUGAUACUGCAUUUAUUCUUCUUGGCGUCUACAUUCGUGCAGUAUAAGUUUUGGGGCUUUUUAUGGGGUUACCUGUGGUAA